CUUUCUGGAACUUUUUCUCAGGGAUAUAAGACGAUAGACUUUCCGGUCGAAGAGAUAGAUUAGUUUCUGGAAAGGGGUAACUAUCCUAUUGAGCGAUCCAUUGAUUUAUCAUUUACUUCUCUGUCUUCUUGAUUAGACUUUUUUAUUAUUUUUUAUUUUUUCACUUUGCACAAAUUCGAUAAUUGUUUCAUUUUAUCCUAUUUUACUCUAACACUUAACUUACACAUUACCGUAACCCAACCCAACAACAACAACAACAACACUCACACACGCACCCACCCACCAUGUCCCCCGUCCUCAACUUCAUCACCGGCAACGCCAACAAGCUCUCCGAGGUCCGCGCCAUCCUCAAACCCGCCGGCAUCACCGUCCGCAACCAGCCCCUCGACCUGCCCGAGAUCCAGGGCGCCCUCGACGACGUCACGCGCGACAAGUGCCGUGCCGCCGCCGCCGCCGUCGGCGGGCCCGUCCUCGUCGAGGACACGUGCCUGUGCUACGACGCCCUGAACGGCCUGCCGGGGCCGUACAUAAAAUGGUUCAUGCAAUCCAUCGGCCACGCCGGCCUCAACAACCUCCUCGCCGCCUACGACGACAAGUCCGCCCAGGCCGUCGCCACCUUCGGCUUCUGCCAGGGCCCCGGCGAGGAGGUCCUCCUGUUCCAGGGGCGCACCCGCGGCAAGAUCGUGCCUCCGAGGGGCCCUAGCACGUUCGGCUGGGAUCCCAUCUUCGAGUAUGACGGACAGACCUACGCCGAGAUGGACAAGGCCGCCAAGAACAAGAUCUCCCACCGCUUCAAGGCGCUCGAGAAGCUGCGCGCGUGGAUCGAGGGCGGCGGUAUGAAGGCGUAAAGGGGGCGCUUAGAUGCGCACAGUUGACUUAGAUCUCCAUAUGAUACCUACCACUACCACAUAGACAUACUCACGCGCGAGGAAAUCCCGUACGGAUCUCGGCUACCAAAGGAUGAAUAGACGAAUAAAGCAUUUUACAUUUCUAAACCCUCACUAGCCGCCUCGAUUCAAGCUAUCGGAACACUUAACUUGCAUGUUAACCUACUUGGAUACAAUACGGCAUGCUUGAUAUUCUAACGCCGUUAUGACCCGCCUCCUUAG